AUGGCUCAAGAUAACAGCAGCGUCGAACAACUUUACCAUAAGUUGAGCCCAAUUGAUGCCGCCAUCAACAGAGGAGAUCCCAUUGGCACAGAGGAGUUUUUAGCGGCCUUGGAUUCUUUGACCGCCGUGUUUGAUACUGCCGGAGUCGACAUGUUAGAGGGGGGAAGAAAUGAUAUGGCAGAGAACAUUGGUAAACUUCGUAAUCGGGCAAGCAGAUCCCCAGAAAAGUCGCAGCGUCUGCAAGACAUGAUCCUGGCAGAGCGUGCCGAAGGACAGCACGAUGCAACCGAGGCACUCCUGUGGCUCACCAGGGGUCUUGAGUUUUUCGUCGCGGCAAUGAAGCGAACUUUGGCCAACAGCUCCGAAAAGCUCUCGGAUAGCAUCAUGUCUGGAUAUAAGGAUACCUUAAAAAAGCACCACGGGUUCAUAGCUAAGACAGCUAUUAAGGUCGGUGUGUCGAAAACCUGUCCUUCCAGAGAGGAUCUGUUUGGUAGAUUGGGACAGGACAGCAGUUUAACGACGCGUUCACUUCAGGCGUCUGUUGGCUCAUUUGAAAAGAUUCUUGGAGUGCUGCAGCCUUUCCUUGCUAGGGCGGAUGUUAAAUUUUAG